AGGUGUUGCGUCAUGAGCCCCAUGUGUUGUUGUGGGAGCUUCUCAGGGUUCUCAGCUGGUUCUCAGCUCGGUUUCUGAAGUUCAGUCAGGUUGGAGGUCCGCCCCGUUCCUCCAUGUGGUCUUCGAGCUGCCGGUCAGGCCUCUGUUUGGUCAGGCAGAGUGCCCGUGUGGUCAGUGUGUUGAGCCGCGCUGAGAGAAAGUGGCCUCUCAGUCCCCUCGGUCCGAUCGGUCAGCUUUGCCACAGCGGCUCAGCCGGACCUGCUCCUCCUCUCCGUCCACUGCGGGUCAGCGCUCGCUCCUUUACCGCCUCUCCGCGCCUGUGGAGCGAAGCGGUGGGCCAAAUCCAGCCCACCCACUACCACCUGGUGUACACAUGCAAGGUGUGCAGCACUCGCUCGAUGAAGAAGAUCUCCAAGACGGCCUACCACAGAGGUGUGGUCAUCGUCACGUGUCCAGGUUGUAAGAACCAUCACAUCAUCGCAGAUAACCUGGGCUGGUUCUCUGACCUGGAGGGAAAGAGAAACAUAGAGGAGAUUCUAGCAGCCAAAGGUGAGACGGUGAGGAGAAUCGAGGGCGACGCUGCCAUUGAGGUUGUUGCAGAAGAGACAAUUAAAGAAGCGGCGCAGAAAAGCAGCGACGAUGAACAGCAGGCUGUAUCUGUGACAGACCAAUCGGAAAAAUCAUGACCAAUUACAGAGGCCUCCGGAACCUGGUUCUCUUAUCUCUGUACAUUCAUGGACCUGACGUUCUCUGUAGAAUAUAAAAUGAAUAUGUACAUUGCUUGUGUAUUUUGCUAAAUAUAUUUAAGAUUUUUAAAAUAACAAUAA